UGGUUUAAACUGCCCCCUACAAUGUUACCUCCGCGGUCCAACCGUCAAAUAAUGAACGUUGAACAGCAGCAGGUAGGGCGACGGCAGCCCGGGCCCGGAGCAACCUUUUUCUGCUCUGUCAGUGAGCCAUGAGCAUGACAGCCAUCCGGCCUCCUCGUCCCAGCCGCACCGACUGUCGUUCUCCACCAGCAAGAUGUAUUUCAACCGGAGAGCCAAGAAGAUACACAGCGAGGGAGAGCAGUUAGUGUUGACCACCAUUAGGCAGGAGGCUUCAGAACUGCAGGACCCAGGCCAGGGUGCCAGCGCUACCAUGCGUGCCCGGCUCACAGACAGGUUUGACAAAACCUCGCCUCUCUCCCAUCAAUCCAACGGUGCAGGACCUUCUUGCUCGUCCGCCGGUUAUCGCAAGGCAGAUGAUGAGAUGUCCGGGACCACUUCCCAGGCGGAUCCCAUAGACGCUUCGGCGCGGACGGUGCUGCUCAACCGGCCACAGAAUACAAAGUUCUGCGACAACCAUGUCAGUACCACCAAGUAUGGGGUUCUCACUUUUCUUCCCCGGUUUCUCUAUGAGCAGAUCAGACGGGCAGCCAACGCCUUCUUCCUCUUCAUUGCACUCAUGCAGCAAAUCCCUGAUGUGUCCCCAACUGGUCGCUACACCACACUGGUUCCACUCAUCUUCAUCCUCACUGUGGCCGGGAUUAAAGAGAUCAUAGAAGAUUACAAAAGGCACAAAGCAGACAACACAGUAAACAAGAAGAAGACAACAGUGCUGCGGAACGGAGCUUGGCAGACGAUAAUCUGGAAACAGGUGGCAGUAGGCGACAUAGUUAAGGUGAAGAAUGGCCAACAUCUUCCAGCUGACAUGGUUAUAGUGUCCUCCAGUGAACCACAGGCCAUGUGCUACAUAGAGACCUCUAAUCUGGAUGGAGAAACCAACCUGAAGAUCAGACAGGGUCUAUCACUCACAGCCGCAUUCCAGGCCCGAGAGGAUUUGAUGGCGCUAUCAGGUCGUUUGGAGUGUGAAGGCCCCAACAGACACCUGUAUGAUUUCACUGGUACACUACGACUGGAGAACCAAAAUCCAGCUCCUCUAGGUCCAGACCAGGUGUUGUUGCGUGGUGCUCAGCUUAGGAACACACAGUGGGUUGUGGGAAUUGUUGUCUACACGGGCCAUGACUCAAAACUAAUGCAGAACUCCACCAAGGCGCCACUGAAGCGCUCUAAUGUGGAGCGAGUGACCAACAUGCAGAUCCUGGUCCUGUUUGGCAUCCUGCUGGUCAUGGCACUGGUCAGCUCUGUGGGCGCAGCCAUCUGGAACAAAGAACACACUGAGGAGGCCUGUUGGUACCUGUCCCGGGCUGGUGACAUCUCCACUAACUUUGCAUAUAACCUGCUGACAUUCAUCAUCCUCUACAAUAACCUGAUUCCUAUCAGCCUGCUGGUCACUCUUGAGGUGGUCAAGUUCACACAAGCCCUCUUCAUCAAUUGGGAUGUGGAGAUGUACUACUCAGAAACCGAUACACCAGCAAUGGCUCGAACAUCCAAUCUUAAUGAAGAACUUGGCCAGGUGAAAUAUCUGUUCUCCGAUAAGACAGGAACUCUGACCUGUAACGUCAUGCACUUUAAGAAGUGCACCAUUGCAGGAAUCACAUAUGGCCACUUCCCUGAUCUUGAAUGUGAUCGUUCUAUGGAGGACUUCAGUAAUCUGCCGUCCAGCAGCCAUAACUCAACAGAGUUUGAUGAUCCAGCUCUCAUUCAAAACAUUGAGAAGAACCAUCCUACAUCACCACAGAUCUGCGAAUUCCUGACCAUGAUGGCCGUGUGCCACACAGUUGUACCAGAGAGAGAAGAAAACCAAAUAAUUUACCAGGCCUCCUCGCCAGAUGAAGGAGCGCUGGUCAAAGGUGCCAAAGGACUUGGUUUUGUCUUCACUGCUAGAACCCCUCAUUCUGUCAUCAUUGAAGCUAGAGGAACAGAGAUGAGCUAUGAAUUACUAAAUGUCCUGGAGUUUUCCAGUAACCGCAAACGCAUGUCUGUGGUUGUCAGGACGCCCAGUGGGAAGCUUCGGCUGUACUGCAAAGGAGCUGACAAUGUUAUUUUUGAACGCCUCACUGAAGCUUCUCAGUACAAAGAAUUAACUGUUGCUCAUCUGGAACAGUUUGCUACUGAGGGCUUGAGGACACUUUGUUUUGCAUAUGUGGACCUGGAGGAAGGUGCCUAUCAGGAGUGGCUGAAGGAAUACAACCGUGUCAGCACUGUACUUAAAGACCGCAGUCAGAAGCUGGAGGAGUGUUAUGAACUACUAGAAAAAAACUUGAUGCUUCUUGGUGCCACGGCCAUAGAGGACCGUCUCCAGGCUGGCGUGCCAGAAACCAUUGCUACUCUGAUGAGGGCGGACAUUAAGAUUUGGGUCCUUACUGGAGACAAACAAGAAACUGCCAUCAACAUAGGUUACUCCUGUCGCCUGGUGACACACGGCAUGUCCCUCAUCAUUGUCAAUGAGGACUCUCUAGAUGCUACUCGUGCCACACUCACGACUCACUGUUCGUCCCUGGGCGACUCUCUAAAGAAAGAAAAUGAGCUUGCAUUGAUCAUUGAUGGCCAGACACUGAAAUAUGCCCUGUCCUUUGAUCUCCGCCAGGCCUUCCUUGAUUUGGCUUUGUCCUGCAAAGCCGUAAUCUGCUGCAGAGUAUCUCCACUACAAAAGUCAGAGAUUGUGGAUAUGGUGAAGAAACAUGUGAAAGCCAUCACUUUGGCGAUAGGUGAUGGUGCAAAUGAUGUGGGGAUGAUUCAGACGGCUCAUGUUGGAGUGGGAAUCAGCGGCAACGAGGGCAUGCAGGCCACUAACUCUUCUGACUACUCCAUUGCACAGUUCUCCUACCUGGAGAAGCUUCUGUUGGUCCAUGGGGCAUGGAGCUACAACCGUGUCACAAAGUGCAUCCUCUAUUGCUUCUAUAAGAAUGUAGUCCUCUACAUAAUAGAGCUCUGGUUUGCCUUUGUGAAUGGAUUCUCUGGCCAAAUCCUUUUUGAACGCUGGUGUAUAGGCCUCUACAAUGUGAUAUUUACCGCACUGCCUCCAUUUACUCUUGGGAUUUUUGACCGGCCGUGCAGCCAGCAAAACAUGCUCCGUUUCCCACAGCUCUACCGUAUUACCCAGAACGCUGAAGGCUUCAACACCAAGGUGUUUUGGGGACACUGUAUCAAUGCACUGAUUCAUUCAAUUAUUCUCUUUUGGUUUCCACUCAAAAUGUUGGAGCAUGACUCUCCCUUCAGCAACGGUCAGGGCAAUGACUAUCUGUUUGCAGGAAAUAUGGUCUACACAUAUGUGGUAGUUACUGUAUGUCUGAAAGCUGGAAUGGAGACCACCGCUUGGACCAGGUUUUCCCACCUGGCAGUGUGGGGAAGCAUGGUGCUCUGGAUGGUCUUCUUUGCCGUCUACUCUGCCAUCUGGCCCACUAUCCCCAUUGCCCCUGACAUGCUGGGCCAGGCUGGCAAGGUGAUGCAGUGUUGGCACUUCUGGCUAGGUCUGAUCCUGGUGCCUACUGCGUGUUUACUCAAAGAUUUUGCUUGGACAGCUACACGUCGCACUGUGAGGAAGUCUUUGCUGGAGGAGGUGCAGGAGUUGGAGGCACGGGCAGUUGACCCUGGGGCAGCAGUGCUUCGGGAUUCCAGUGGCCGCAGUCUAAACGAACGAGCCCAUCUGCUGACAAGAGUCUUUAGGAAAACACCUUCAAGUGUAGGACGCUCAAACUCAGUGCAGCAGACUGUGUCACAUGGCUAUGCCUUCUCUCAGGAGGAGCACGGUGUGGUGUCUCAGUCCCAGGUAGUUCGCUCCUACGACACCACCCGUCAGCGCCCCAGCCUCUAGCCCCACUCCGAUCAAGGCUUUGGCUCACAAUAACAAAGGUUGUCAAGGUGACAGUGGAAACAGACUUAACUGGCACCCUCAAAUCGGGUGACCAACCCCUGCUGUGGCCUUACUGGAACAAUGACCUGACCCCAAGCUGGGGUGGGGUGGGGGAGCAGGGGAGGGUCACGGUCAGGUGUGGGGGCCGUCGUCGGCGCAUGGAGGACAGAGUUGGGAGAAGGGACCAGGCCAAAUACUGAACAAUGAAACUCACAAAAGCUGCACUGGCAUGAGCGAUCAUAUCCACGUACAGACAUGCCAAUUCAAACUCAGACUGCUACUCUUAUCUGUAUACCGCUCAGACUGGGUUUGCUUCACGCCACUGUGUGUCAAUGUAAGUGUGUGCGUGUGUGUGUGCAUUGCAGUGCGUCUGUAUCUGCCUGUGCAUGUAUGUCUGCACGCAUUUGGUGCUCCUGUAUUUGUGUGCAUGUGUGUGUCUGUUCACGUGUGUUUGCUUCCAAGGUUACCUCUCAUCUCCCUCUCAAGAGGAGGGUUCAUGUCUUCUGUCAUCACAUGCCGUCGCAGAAGGGGAUGUCCAAAUAAACAUGCACACACACUCGCAUACAUCCAGCCGCAGGUUGAAUUCCUUAAAAAAAGGUAGGAGGGAAGUGUAGACCAAGGACCGGCUGGAGUUCUGCAUCACAGCUACAGGCCCUCUUGCCACUGCCAGACACCGCAAAACUGCUACUGAGGCAGAACACUCACCCCAAACUGAACCACCACCCUGCUGCAGCUCCUCCUACCCCACUGGGACCUCUUCUCUCUUAUCUCUCUCUUCAACUCUUCCUUAUCUCUGCAUCUCAUAGUGGCUCUGCAGCCUCCAUAUGUCUUCUCUACAGCACAUCAUCUCUUUUUUUCCUCCCUUUUUUUUAUAAUAUAUUUUCCUGUGAUUAAUGACGUGAUCUAGCAUCAUCAGCAGCUCAUGUAGAAGCAGCAUAACUGGCAAUAGCACUUCUGCUCCCACAGUUCUGUUGGAUAUCUGCUAUUUACUGGACUUUUUCUUUCUUUUUUUUUUAUUAAAGUGAACAUUAACAUGUAUGCGUUUAUAUAUUUUUUUUCCUUUUCAUUAAUAUCUGUUUUUGUACUCAUGUGUGGAGACAUGUUUUAGAGAGAAUAUUUUACUUGAACUGCUCCUAACAGGCAUCCAAACAGAGGGGAUUUGAUUGAAACACUCGCAUGGAUCAUGUGUUUCUCUGGCCCUGGGAUUUGUUCGAAUGUAGAGUCCAUUGUCUGUGUGCUCCGUGUUAAGGACACUCUGGUUCAGGAAUGCAGGACUGAAGGGUUGGGAGAGUGGUGAGGGUGGAGGGGUUGUCCAUUCGAGUCCUAAUCAUUAAAUCUAAUCAAUCCAUGGCCUGACUAAAUGUCUUUGUGUUUUGACUGUUAGCUGAGUGCUUAUGUAGUUAAGCAGGGAGAUUUGGGUUCAACUGUAGCUCCAGGGAAGCUGAAGAAGUUUGGUUUACAUUUCAUGCUGAAAAUAGAAAAAGGGGAAAAAUACAUAGAGCAAGAUGAUUUGACAUGAGCUGCAUAUGAUUUUAUAUAUUAACAGAAUCAAACCUCUCCCACACUCCCUCUUUAAGCUCAGGAGAGUCGGUGUAGACAGACCAUUAGGAGAUUAUUCCUCCUCAACUAGAGAUCUCUUUCCCACCCACCUUCCUGGACACAGCCCAGCCCAAACCAACUACAGCUGCUGCAGUAUGGAGAAUCCAUCGGGCCGCUCCAUUUAUGCUGUUCAAGUCCUCCCUGGUGAAUCCAGUGUCCUGCUCUGAUUUCCAUAUUACUGUGGCUUAGCUUUUGGAAGACACUGCCAAAACUACCCCUCCACAUCGUCAAAGCUUUAAACUGUCCAUUGUUCUGGUUUGUUAUUUUUCAUUUGUGUGUCAGGUGAUGUGACGGUUAUUCAUUGUGUUGUCUGUGGGAGGUAGGCCUGUCUGAAUGUGUAUGGUGUCUGAUAGCUUAAGUACGUGUCUCUUUGUGCGAGUGUUUCUAAGGGAUUAAGGCGACCCAUUCAUCAGUUUUUUUUUUUUUUGGUCUGCAUCUUUUUAUUGGCACUCAUACCUUGUUGCUUAUUAAAGCACAAACCAUCGCUCAGUGUGUUUCUAUGCAAGAUGACAAAAUGCUGAAACAAACUUUCAGCCCUCUGCUGUUUGUUUUGAAAUGUUUAUUUUUAAAAUUCAUAUGAAAAACAUUUCUUCUGCAUGAUGGGAUUUUAGAGCGAGAAAACACAUUCAAUUUAAAAUGAAUCCAACAUUUGA